UCGCCUGCUUCAUGGCAGGGAAGCUGCUUCCUUGACUAGGCAGCCAAGUGUUCUUGGUAUCUCCGAGCGUGGCGUCUUCUAUGUAAUUCGAUUUCACACAAGUCCUCGGUGGCAUCUCAUCUAGCAUACCAUACUUGGCAUUUCAGAAGAAGAUAUAUCCCUGGUUAACUCAUCUCUGUGUUCUACUAUCUAUUAUUCAUGUGAUGAAACGCUCUGCGUUCUUGCACUUCACGUUGCCUCAAAAUCCAUGCCUUCCCCACUUUGAUUUGUGGUAGUAAUUUACUUGGACAUGCUUAACCAAUUAUGCUAAUCGAAAUACCCAAAUUCAAGCUGCCAUUUCUGCUCUGACUUUCAUUCUGUUUAGGAACUCUACCUGAUGGUGCAUCAUAGAUGCCUGACUGCCUGCUAUGUUCAACUUGAGGAAAAUAACUUCAUCAAUUGCCGCUGCCUUGAUUUGAUGGUCAUUUGUGUGUUUCCUGCCUAGAUUCGCUUGGAGUGUUGUGUGUUAUUUGCAUUUGAUGCUGGGGCCAGACCUGCUAAAUUACACAGGAACAUUGUUCAACAUCCAUCACAUGCCCGCAGACUUGGAUCCUCUGCAGUUGCUCUUGCUACUGCUGAGAAGCACCUUUUGGCAUUAGCUCAAAUCUGGACUGUUCAUCUUUAGGGCGGCGAUGACCGUAUUUCUUUCUUCCCAUUGCCUUCGCUUCCUCCCCGAAGAAAGGGCUUCAAUGACAAUGCCUCUGGACAAUCUCACUCUGAAAAAUACUUUUUUUCUUUCCAAAGAUCAAUAAUGUUCCAGGCUUCCAGCUAUCAUUUGGUUACCCUAGUUUGAGAAUUCACAAGAACAUUUUGUGUGGUGAUCAGGUGGAGAUAUAUAGCCGAUGCUACGAGAGCUCCCCUCUGGUGCAGGAGCUGGCAACGACGAAACCACAGCUGCAGACCAGAGCGUUUGAUGGUGCUGUAGAUCCCAUGAAAAUUUUGUUCAUUCAGCUGCUGACGAUGCGAGCAAAUUGGCAAACUGAGACACGCCACACUGGGGACACUGGUGUCCGCCGUCAUCGGCACCAGUGCUCGCCGUCGUCUUCGCGGUCGCCGGCGGCCGGUAUACGAGGAUCAACGUUUCCCUUGCAGUGGCCUCGUGGGAACAGAGCCCAUGAGCGUCUGGUAGGUGGGCCGUUCUGUAGGGAUGACAGGUGGGCCCUACCCCUCCCAUGGCCGUUGCCAUUCGGAGCGAGAUAAAAUUCGAAAUGGGAAUCGCCUCGUCUCCUCCUUGCACGUACUGUCGGCAGGCCGCCGCCAGCAGAAUCCAAUCGGAGCCAUGGCCGCCGCAGACGCGGAGCAGGAGAAGGAGCUCCUCUCGUCGGUGGUGGGCGACAUCCGAAGCUACUCCGGAUCCGACCCCCUCCGCCCAUGGCUCCGGGGGAUGCGGAAGAUGGAGCGGGCGCUGCCGCCGGCGACGCUACGGGAGAAGCUGCCCAGGUUCCUCCAGAAGUGCGCCCAGGAGUUCCAGGACGACCUGCGCUACCGCGACGACCCCCGCUACCUCCGCGUCUGGAUCCAGCUGAUGGACUAUGUGGCGGAUGCGAAGCCAUUGCUCAAGAAGAUGGAGAGGAAUGGAAUAGGCCUUAAGAGAGCUUCAUUCUAUAUGGCUUAUGCACUAUAUUAUGAGAAGCAUAAGAGGUUCAAUGAUGCGGAGAAGAUGUACCGUCUGGGAAUCCAGAACCUGGCAGAGCCUAUCGGUGAGUUGCACAAAGCACAUGAACAGUUUAUUCUUCGGAUGGAAUCAUACAAGAGGAGGAAAGAUAAACUGCAGGAAAGAAUGGCUAGGAAAGCUGGUCCAAGUGCUACAAUGCCUACGAAAGCUGAGUGUAGUGCUACAUCUAUGAACCAAGUUGAAGGGGAAAGCAGAAACAGUAAAGAACUGAAAUCCAAUACAAUUCAGAAGUCAGGAAGCAGUUCUAAUACUUCAUUAGGUCGUCAUCCUCCAUUAGGACCUGCUAAAGUUGGUAUGCUAUCCAGAGGCAACUCAGGAGCAAACAAGAAUUUGUCCCGUUGUAAUAGCGAUGAUACUGUAGUUGUACGGUUUGUAGGCUCUGCACUGGUUGGGAAGUCAGAAACUGAAGAUGCCUGCCAUCAUGGCCUAGUUGAACCAACUAUAAACACUAAGGAGGCUAUGGAUGCCAUCAAUAGCAUGUUUUUGGAACCAGUGGAACCUGAGACAAUGCUCAAGAGACAAUCAAAGCGUGAAAAGUCAAAUUUUAAUCAGCAACCAAGUGCAUUUGAUAUCUUUGUUGAUGAAGAUGAACCUAACUGUAAUGGUUCAAAGAUGCUCCACAGGAAUAGCAUGAAGCAAGAGCAUCCAAAGUUCAGUCAGCAAACAAGAGGGUUUGAGAUUUUUGUUGACGAGGAUGGUCCUAAUGGCAAUGACCAAAAUGCAGAGCAAAACAGGAACUCUAGGAAGGCAAACAUGAAGUUAAAUCAGGAAACAAGUGGGUUUGAAAUCUUUGUUGAUGAGGAUGGUCCUAAUGGCAGCGACCAAAAUGCGGGACAAAAUAGGAACACUAGGAAAGAAAACAUGAAGUUAGAUCAGGAAACAUGUGGGUUUCAAAUCUUUGAGGAUGAAAAUGAGGCUAAUGGCAGCGUCCAGAAUGCCAUGUACCACAAGAAUAACGGGCUUCCUCCAAGACCAUUGUGUGAUUCGUCAAGGCAUCAAGGCGAAAGUGACUUCCAGAAGCCAUUUGUUGGAGGAUUUGCAAUAUUGCCAGAUGAUGAAGAAGAACAAUGUGAGAAAACUGCUGGUGUAACUAUAAAUUCCAGAAGUGUGCAGCCUACUCGUGACAAUAAUACUUUGCUCUGCCUGGUUCAAGCUGAUUCAGGAACACGAUAUCAUGAAGGUCCUCGUCCUGCGAGUUCUGGGCUUAAAGAAGACACAGUCAUUCAUAGGUUUGUUGGAUCCACUAUUGAUGAUGAGUCUAAGGUAGAAAAUGCAUGCCAUCAUGGAUUAGUCGAUCCAACUGUCAAUCUAAAGGAGGCUAUGGAUGAUAUAAACAACAUGUUUGGGAGACCACUAAACUUCAAGGGUGAGAGGACAAAGAGAAAAACCAAUGCAGUUUCAGACAGAAAAGCAGCUCCAGUUUCCGGUUUCUCCAUAUUAGCUGAUGAUGACCUAAAAGAGAACACUCACAAAGCCAGUCAGAGCAAUUCCUGCAAAUUUGGGGAUGAGAAUGGUCUAUUUGAGCCCACAAUCACCACUCGUGAUGUCAUGGUGGAGAUCAACAAUAUGUUUGGAAUGCCACUAGACUUCUAAGAUACUUGUUCAGAGUGAACUGAAUAACUCAACUGACAGUCAGACAAUUGCCUUUGCCUUUUUGCUCUUCCCUUGAGAAAUUGGUGUAUUGCUGAUAUGAAGAGAGCUUGGAAUGAAUCGCCUUAUUUGGUGCACAUGUGGUGGAGAUUACAGCAGAUGUUAGGACUCUCAAGCGAUUCAGGGUGCGGAGAACUGGCAAAGAUUCACUUCUGCUGGAAGUUGUCGCUGGUAUAAUUUAUCUUCUCAAGAGAAGGGCGUAGUUAGCAUCCAGAUCUGGUUUGCAGGAACCAGGAGAUUGCUGUUGUGCUGUCGUAUAAUGCUGGUAUAGUGACAUUGCCACAUUGGCUUAAAUGUCGGUUCAGGGCUCAAUUUUUUCAUGCUGAAAAAGCUGAGACUUGUUUAGUUUACGGAAAUUGAUCAUCUGAUAUCCAGAGUUGUGCUUAUCGAAAAGCCAUUGUCUGAUAUCCAUGCCCUGUGGUUGUGCGUGUACCUGCAAAGACCUAGUCAUAAUAGUUACAGACAGGUAUUUGAGAAAUUUGGUGGUA